UAGGCUAGAAACUGCCAAGUUGCUUACUCAGACAUCUCAGUCUAUACCCGAUUGGGCUGGCCAGUUACUGAGGCCAUUCACGACCAUCGCGAGAACCCCCCCAGCAAUUUUUUUAGCAAGGGAGAUGCCUCUUUGCCUUUGGUCGUGUUUCGGAGAAUAAGAUCAAGCAUCGAAGACAGUGUCGAUCAGCCGCCCAUCAUUCAGUUCAGGCCUGACCAUCAGUGCGACCCACGCAUUUCACGCAACCGGCUCCAGCUGACCACACCGCGAUCCGCCUGGUGCGCCCCGCAGGAUUCUCCUCUUUUCUUCGAGAUAACCCCUCUUUUCUGCUGGACAAUUACAUGACUUAGGCCGAAUUCCCUCCGGCCCCCUCACGACGGUGGCUCCCCCCUCGCACCGUGAGUCCUACGAACUCGUCGAUUUCAACGCCGUUGGCAGACCCCCUGCGGCGAGACCAGCAGAGACUGCAACUGCUCGCACACAACGAUUCGGAAGUACUCUUCGGGCCUUUGAGCCAGCCGCCAGCUCACGGUCAUUAGCAGGACUUGAUUCGGGCGCAAACGGGGAGGUAGACUGGGAGAAGACAGCUUCGUCCGAACAGCGCCCACGGGGCUUCCGCUCCACUAGACUCAGGUUCUGGGCAGCGGCCCUUGGACGCCGAGCUCACCGUGCAGAACUAGCUCAGAGUGCCGGCGAUCUCGAGACUACCGCCAAAAUGAAGUUCUCGCAUAGCAUUCAGUUCAAUGCUGUGCCCGACUGGAGCUCCAAUUAUAUUGCGUACAGCAAUCUCAAGAAAUUGAUAUAUACCCUUGAGAAGCAAGUCAACCAUCCCGAUGGCCAAUCCGGUGCGGAUGUCGAGUCCGCUCCGCUACUAGGUAGUUCCCAGGUGGCCAACCCCGAUGGGAUCUUCAAGCGCGCGCUGGACACAGAGUUGGACAAGAUCUGCACCUUCUAUCAGCAGAAGCAGGCCGAAAUCUUUCAGAAUACGGAUGAACUGAUCCAGGAGGCUAUGAAUUAUCUGUCAGAGACCGAUGGUGUCAAUAUGGAUCCAGUCAGCGAGACUAUUAUCAAGGCUAGGACAUUGAGCUCGAGCUCGCGACGAGGCACGGGAAGCGUCUUCCGCAAUUAUGGAAAUGGCCAGCGCCGCCGCUCAAGCGUUGUGAGUGAAGACGACGUAGAUAGUGACGACGAGCAUGCCGCUACGACAGCUCUCGGCCUCCGCCAACGGACGUCUACCGAUGGCGAGUCUACAACCGAUGAGCCCCACGCGGGUGACCUGGCAGAUUCCACCUUCUUCGGUCAGGCAAGCAGUCGCUUCCGUCGAGACUCUAACAUGAGUGAUCAGACAUUCUUAGCUCUGUACAAUGCAGGCGUAUCGCUCAAGAAGCGACUGAUCGAGUCAUACGUCUCUCUCUGCGAGCUGAGAUCCUUCAUUGAGUUGAACAGGACCGGCUUCUCCAAAGCGCUGAAGAAGUACGACAAGACCUUGUUCCGCAACAUGCGCCGAGACUACCUGGCCACUGUGGUUAACCCGGCAGUCCCAUUCACCGACCUCACCAUGGCUGCCGUGGAUAGCCACAUUGAAAAGGUCGUGGCCAUGUACGCGGAUAUCGUCACCAAGGGGAAUCGUGAGCUUGCUACCCGCGAGUUACGCUUACACCUUCGUGAGCAUGUGGUCUGGGAGCGAAACACGGUCUGGCGUGAGAUGAUCGAGAUUGAACGUCGUGCACAGGCUGCCAAUGUAGGUAUUCGUCGAACUCUUCUGGGAGGCGACGAAGACCCUGCCACUGCUCGCCGCCAAGGCGAUAAGCAAGAGAUCCGCACGCAAGAGUUUGCUACUCCCCUGGGUCGGAUCCACUUCCCUUUGUGGCUGUGUAGCUUGAGUUUCGGCACUUUGGUGUUUAGUUUUGCUGUGUUUGGAGCUUUGCUUUCGGUGCCAAUUAUGGAAUCGGUCGAACAGCAAAACUGCCUAGCAAUGCUCGUUCUAGUCAGCAUCCUAUGGGCGACUGAGGCCAUCCCGCUUUUCGUUACUUCGCUGUUGAUCCCAUUCCUGGUUGUCAUCCUGGGUAUUAUGCGAUCCGAUGAUAAACCUCACAAGCGACUGGGACCGAAAGAGGCCACCAGCAUGGUCUUUGCAUCAAUGUGGACUCCGGUGAUCAUGCUGCUACUCGGUGGUUUCACCAUUGCCGCAGCUCUGUCCAAGUACGACAUUGCCCGGCGCAUGGCCAUGUUCGUCCUCAGCAAGGCUGGGUCGAAGCCAAAGGUUGUCCUGCUCACGAACAUGUUUGUGAGCAUGUUUUUGAGUAUGUGGAUCAGUAAUGUUGCGUCUCCUGUGCUCUGCUACUCGAUCAUUCAGCCCUUGCUGCGCAAUCUGUCUCCCGAUUCCGAUUUUGCCAAGGCGCUUGUCCUGGGCAUUGCGUUGGCGGCCAAUGUUGGUGGUGCUGCAUCUCCAAUUGCAUCCCCGCAGAAUAUUAUCGCUUUGCAGAACAUGUAUCCUAGCAUCAGCUGGGGGACUUGGUUCUUUAUCUCGCUCCCCGUCUGCAUUAUAUCCAUUUUAUUGAUUUGGGGUCUUCUACUGGUUACCUUCAACCCCGGCCGCAACGCCACGGUGAUACCUUUUCGCCCUGUCAAAGACCGCUUCACUGGCAUUCAAUACUUCAUCAGUGCCGUCACUUUGGUGACCAUUGCUCUUUGGUGUGCGAGCCAUCAACUCGAACAUAUCUUUGGUGACAUGGGCGUGAUCGCUAUCAUCCCGUUGGUCUUAUUCUUUGGAACCGGAAUCCUCAACAAGGAGGAUUUCAACAAUUUCCUGUGGACUAUUAUUAUUCUCGCUGCUGGCGGUCUAUGCCUUGGCAAAGCCGUUACUUCUUCUGGAUUGCUGCACACCCUUGCCUCGGGAAUCACCGCUAAGGUCGAGCAUCUUAGCCUUUAUAGUGUGCUACUCGUCUUCUCGGCGCUGAUCCUCGUCAUUGCUACUUUCAUUUCGCACACCGUCGCCGCUUUGAUCAUGCUCCCUCUCGUUCGCCAGAUCGGUGUCGGCAUGGAGAACCCCCACCCCAAUUUGCUUGUCAUGUCCAGUGCGCUGAUGUGCUCUGUCGCCAUGGCCUUGCCCACGAGCGGGUUCCCUAACAUGACUGCGAUCAUGACCGAGGUCCCCCAGACCGGUCAGCGCUAUCUCCAAGUCCGCCACUUCCUUACCCGGGGUAUCCCGUCGAGUUUAAUGGCCUUUGUGGUGAUUGUAACCAUCGGCUAUGGACUCAUGUACAUUGCGGGUCUAUGAGGGGGAUUGGCUUCUCUAGCUGUGAAAUUUUUUUUGUGCAAUCUUACCUGGUAGAUUUGUCAUUUGUUGAAUACUUACUAUAGGAAGUGGGUGGAUAUGGUAGAACCGUAUAUACGGCGUCAACAACGCUCCAAUUUACAUUGCAUUGUCCUCGUUCUUUGACGUUUGGUAUUAUCUUCUGAUCUGGUCGGUUUCUUGCCUCGAUGAUUAACUAAGCUUAGCAAUAAAUAGAUUUUUGAAAUGACGAGCCCA